AUGAAAAAACAUUUAAAUUUUUUUAGAUCAAAUGAAUUCAUAAAAAUUAUUAUAUCAACUAUUUAUCUUCCAACACCAAUAAAUAUUAAUUAUAUAUGAAAUUUUGGCUCAAUUCUAGGAAUUUUCUUAAUAAUUCAAAUUAUUUCAGGUUUUAUUCUUUCAAUACAUUAUUGUCCAAAUAUUGAUAUUGCAUUUUGAUCAAUUACAAAUAUUAUAAAAGAUAUAAAUUCAGGAUGAAUAUUUCGAUUAAUUCAUAUAAAUGGAGCCUCAUUUUAUUUUUUAAUAAUAUAUAUUCAUAUUAGACGAAAUAUAUUUUAUUGUUCUUAUAAAUUAAAAAGAGUAUGAGGAAUUGGAAUUUUAAUUUUAUUAUUAUCAAUAGCAGCAGCAUUUAUAGGAUAUGUAUUACCUUGAGGACAAAUAUCAUAUUGAGGAGCAACUGUAAUUACAAAUCUUCUAUCUGCAAUUCCAUAUAUUGGAAAUACAAUUGUUUUAUGAAUUUGAGGUGGAUUUUCUAUUAAUAAUGCAACUCUAAAUCGAUUUUUCUCUUUACAUUUUAUCUUACCUUUAAUUAUUUUAUUUAUAAUUAUUUUACAUUUAUUUGCUCUUCAUUUAACAGGAUCAUCAAAUCCUUUAGGAUCAAAUUAUAACAAUUAUAAAAUUACAUUUCAUCCAUAUUUUUCUAUUAAAGAUUUAUUAGGAUUUUAUUUAAUUUUAUUAAUUUUUAUAUUAAUUAAUCUUCAAUAUCCAUAUUAUCUAGGUGAUCCUGAUAACUUUAAAAUUGCAAACCCUAUAAAUACUCCAACUCAUAUUAAACCUGAAUGAUACUUUUUAUUUGCAUAUUCAAUUUUACGAGCAAUUCCAAAUAAAUUAGGAGGAGUAAUUGGAUUAGUAAUAUCAAUCUUAAUUUUAUACAUUACUAUUCUUUAUAAAAAUAAUUUAAUAAACAAUAAAUUCAAUUUAUUAAAUAAAAUUUAUUAUUGAUUUUUUUUAAAUAAUUUUAUUAUAUUAACAUGAUUAGGAAAACAAUUAAUUGAAUAUCCAUUUACAAAUAUUAAUAUAAUUUUUACAACAACCUAUUUUUUAUAUUUUUUCUUAAUAUUUUAUACAAGAAAAAUAUGAGAUAAAAUAAUUUGAAAUUCAUAUAAAUAA